CUCUUUCUGCAUCUUUCUGGCUCUCUCAUCUGUCACUGCUGCCUCCUGAGUGGGCUCAGGGAUGCUGCUGUCUCCUAGCCGGGCAUGGGCCAUUGCUGCUGUAGGCUCCAUGUCCUCCCUCUGUGCUAUCUGGACCCAACGACUGAGAGCGCCGUUGUGAAGGAGAGGGAACUGUCCCUGGAGCUCGCCAGAAUCAGGGAUGAAGUGGCUUUCAGUGUUGCACACUGGGAGCAACUGCAGCAGGAGAAGGAGGAACUGGAGCGGCGUUUCAAGGCUGAGCUGCAGGGAUUGCGGGCUCAGCAGCAGAGGGAGCUGGGAGUGCUGGAGGAGCGGCUGAAGGUGCAGCACGGGGCCCAGGUCGAGAGCCUGCAGGCCCAGCAGCGGGCCGAGCUGGAGGAGCUACGGGUCAAACAGCAAGAACAGAUUGAGGAGAUGAACGAGAACCAGGAGGCGUCCCUGAUGGAGAUGGAGACGGCUCACGAUGACACACUGGCCACUCUGCAGGAGGAGCAUGCCAGGACCGUGAAGAAUCUGAAGAUGGCCCAUGAACAGCAGACCAAGUCUCUGGAAGAAGAGUUUGAAAAGAUCAGACUGUCACUGCAGGAUCAGGUGGACACGCUGACGUUUCAGAACCGCAGCCUCAGAGAUCGAGCCAAGCGCUUUGAAGAAGCUCUGCGCAAGAGCACAGAUGAGCAGAUUGUGGAUGCGUUGGCACCAUAUAAACACAUUGAUGAAGACCUGAAGAGUCUGAAAGAAGUUCUGGAGAUGAAGAAUCAACAAAUCCAUCAACAGGAACUGAAGAUCUCAGAGCUGGAGAAAAUACAGGCUGAAAAGAAUGUGUACCUGGAGGAGAGACUCCAAGUGUUACAGCAGCAGAACGAGGACCUGAAGGAAAGAAUAGACAAGAACCUUGCUGUGUCCAGGCAACUCUCUGAGGACAAUGCCAACCUGCAGGUGAACGUGGUGAAGGAGAGCAACGAGAAGAAGCGUCUGAGUCGCACUAACGAGGAACUGCUGUGGCGUCUUCAGACCGGCGAGCUGAGCCCUCGCAUGUCCCCCAGCUCCUCCCCCAUCCAUCGACCCUCCUCUGGCCCGGGCUCCCCGGCCCGCCCUCACUCCUACCAUCAAUGACUCUCUCAGUGGAAGCUCUUGUAUCAAACGCUUUCUUUUAUCUGGCAUCGGAAGGCCUGUAUUUUAUUUUGUUUUUACUCUUUGCGACUGUUCCACUAUGUAGACGGACGGACACAUUUCUUUUUGGAAAUGCCGCUCACCCAUGUGGUGCAUUUGCCAGAGUCCAGCCCCAGGAAUUGUAAUCUCUGACCUAAAGAAUUGUAUUAAUCACGCCUCUUAUUGUUCAAAAGGGAAUUAUCUGCCCUCCUCUUUCACUGUUGCACCUGAACGCCCCGUCUGAACGAAGCAGACGUGCUGUGAUACUGCAGCGGAUUACAGACCCGGUCGUUGUGACCUUCAGAGAACAGGAUCAGGGUCCCGGUGCCUCAUUUCCAUGUUUUUUCCCCUCCCAUCUACAUCACCGCCUUUUCAUCCAGCGCUCAGGAUGAUGGAUGUACGAGACAUAGCAAACAUCAAAAGUGCAACAAGGAACACAAGAAGCGCCUUUGCCGUCCAUUCUCUCCCACCAGCAACGUCUAUCUAGGCAUAGGCCAAAGUUUAAAAAAUCACAAAACUACCUAUAUUAAGAUUCAAAGUGUGGAUUCUUCUCUGGGGUGUGUUAAUCUUUCCAUGCUGAAUUAUUUCAUAUAUCAGGAGUGUAUGAAUGACUACCCGUUUAACCUCAAUCAUCCAUCCUACUUUUCUCCUAAACUACUGGAUAUCAGCGUUGACCUGAAACGUAUAUUAAUAACAACAGCAUAAGAAGUGGAGCUGCAAAGAUUAAUCCAUUUGUUGUUAACUAUGAAAUGAAUCGCCAACUAUUCUGUUCAUUGAUUAAUGGGUUUAUUCCGUCUUGUCAAAUGUGAUUAUGUUCUAGUUUCUUCUCUUUGUGUCAGAUAACUGAACAUCUUUGAGUUGUGGACAAAACGAGACAUUUGAGGACGUCAUCUUGGGCUUGAUUGACAGUUUUCUGACAUUUUAUAACCAAACAAACAGCAGUAACCCUUUACUUGAAGGUAUCUACACAAGAGUGACAUGACACAGUCAUGACACAUGACCCCUAACCAUAACUAUAACCCUAACCAUAACUUGUCCGGACAAAGCCAAAUGACACUUACUCAAAGAAGCGUUGUUGCUAAUGUUUAUGACAUGUUCAUGACGGUGUCAGGUCACUCUUGUGUAGAUGCCUUCAAGUAAAGUGUAACCCAAACAACUAAUCGAUUAACCAAGAAAACAAUCGCCAGAUUGAUCAACGAUGAAAAUAGUUGCAGCCCUAAUGGACCUUUUUCACAGCAGCCAUUUUGACUUGUCAUAAUAGAAAAAGCUGAAGUUGAUAAUCUCAACGAUAGCUCGGUUCCAUUAAGUGUCCCAGCAAGCCUCUCCUAAGUGGAAUGCAGCCAUCAGUGAUGGUUUUGAAUACACCUGGGCUUUUCCUACAAUGACAUGUCAACAUGUCUGCCGUGAAAAAGGUCUAUGACAACUCAUAAUUCCAUUGAACUGCCGACAGUAUAACUAUAGUAUUGUAUAUAAUUUUGUAAAAACACUGUACAUGUAUGGCUCUCUAUACAGCAUGUUCUGUCUUCCAGUAAGGACUUUUAUUUUAGGAUUACCUACAGUGUGACAAUAUGGAGCCGAAGGGUGAUGGGGCAACACAAGUGACCUCUUAUUCCUAAUAACACAGCCCAGGGUUCAUUCAAAUGAAACCAAGAAAUUGCAGACAAAGGGUGCCUCUCACUGGUCAGUCGGGAUAGGAAGACAUUAUUAAUUAUUUCCCACAAAAUUGCAGGAUCUGAAGAAACCACCAAAGAGGAAGUCAUUAAACACAGCGUUCAUCUGUUACUGUAGCUGUCUGGAGACUCGGCUGUCAUUCAUGCAGACAUUGCAGUCUAAAUGUGUUGGCCUGGAAACAUCCAAAAUCAAAAGUCACUUAUGUUGCAUUGGUACACUUCUUUUUCUUUCUCUUUCUCUUUCUUUAAGUGUACCUUAUCAGUGCUCUUGCAGCCGACUCAAACCUUUGCUGUCUCUGUUUUCUGUUUUGAAAUUCAUCCCAGAAAACCUAGUGAGCAAACGUGAUGGAUGAUGCUUUAAUGCUUCCAAAGCCUUCUUCUCCAUUUGUACAUCUGAUUGACCUUUUGGCAAAAAAUUCAGUUGAGAGGGAAAAAUUUGACUUUUAAGAACUAAAAUGUUAAUUAUGGAAAUGGAAAUAAAUAAGAAAAUCGCUCAAAUCUGCAAGCUGUUACCUCAUUUCUCAUUGUAGAUAAUAAUCUCAGGUCUUGGUGAGAAUUAUGAGUCAUCAAACGGAAGCAACUGCCAUAAUUUGUUUUUGUAUUGAUUGUAUUUUUAUUUAUUUUUUAAGCUUUUGCUCAUGUUCAACGGUCUGCUUUACAAGAUAUCCUUUUUGUAGAAAACGAUUUGGAUGCACAGAAUUUGUAGAAAUAUUUUAAAGAGCACAGUGCAGUUAGCAAAUAUAUACAAAUACAUUGAAGGAAUAUUGCUUUAUUAUAAUAAUGGGAUAGAAUAAUAUACUCCCCCCAGACAGGAAAUCUGCUCGACUAAGGCUUUGGUUGUAGAGGAACUUGGUGGUCCUCACUGUGUUCUGAAAGGAUGGAAAUGCUAUUUCUCUCCAUCAGGUUCUCCCAUGGCACUGACUGCCUCUGUGUCCUGUGGACAUGACUCAUCUACUGAAUGUUCGCUUACAGUUUACAUCCAAUGUCAGAGAAGGUUGGUGUUGAUUGGACUCCUGUUGUAAAGAUUGUAUUCAGUAUUUCAGAAAUUCCGGCUCUAGAUACGUUUAUAUGAAAGCAUGUCUUUAUGAGGUUACCGUGCACUGUUCUGUGUUUUACUUUUCUUGUGAAUUUCAUUGAUUUAUUUGUUGUCCUCCUCAAGAUCUGUAGCUUAGUUGGUUACCAUAUUGUGGUCAGUGAUGAUGAGACACUAAAGUCUACACUGUAUAUGUUGCACUUUGUAUUUAAGUAUUAAAUCACAAUAAG